CUUUUUUUAUUUAUGAUGAGUAAGCAACUUUUCUUCCCGUAGUCCUACAGCUGCUGGCCCUGUUGCUCAGCCAACAGUCCUGAGUCCUGUAGCCCACUUGUCACCAGAUGUCCAGAAACUCCAACACCUAGCAUGAUCUUUGUUGACCUGGGCAACAACUGAUCUGGUAUAGGUUUAUGAGAAACUGGAGUUACUUUUAAUUAAAAAUGCCUAACUCUAAAAGCAGAUCUCGGCAUAGGCACAAAGUUAGUCAAGAAGCUGGCCGGCGUGAAUUAGUCUCCAGGUCCUUGCAAAGUGCUCAGCACUGUCUGGAGGAUCAGGACUUUGGAACUGCAUAUGCUCACUAUCUCUUGGUAUUAAACAUAGCUCCUGAGCUUAAAAAUGAUGUUAAGGAAACAUUUCAAUUUACCCUUUUGAAAUGGGCAGAAGAGCUGGAUUCUCUUGCACGAAUUCAAGAUUUAUUUGAUUGCUAUGAGCAUGCCCUGGAAUUAUAUCCUAAUGAUGAAGUCAUAUGUAACAGUAUGGGGGAACAUCUUUUCAGGAUGGGUUUUAGAGAUGAAGCAGCUGCAUAUUUUCAUAAAGCUGUGAAGCUAAACCCUGACUUUCCUGAUGCAAAGGAGAACUUUUAUCGGGUUGCCAACUGGGUGGUAGAACGAUGGCAUUUCGUCAUGCUUAAUGACUCCAACAGAAAUUUGUUGUAUCAAAAAGCAAUCCAGAAAGCAGUCCAUUCAGGAUAUAGAAGUGUACUUGAUAUUGGAACAGGAACAGGAAUUCUCAGUAUGUUUGCUAAAAAGGCUGGAGCAUCUUCUGUCUAUGCUUGCGAGUUGUCGAAGACUAUGUAUGAAUUGGCUUGUGAAGUGCUAGCUGCAAACAAUUUGGAUGAAGAAAUCAAACUUUUUCACAUGAAAUCCCUUGAUAUAGAAAUUCCAAAGCACAUACCUGAAAGAGUUUCCCUUGUUAUCACUGAAACAGUAGAUUCUGGAUUAUUUGGUGAGGGAAUUGUAGAAAGCUUGAUCCAUGCUUGGGAACACUUACUUUUACCACCAGAGCCUAUUGAUGGCAGAGAUGAUUCUAAAAACUAUGGUAAAGUAAUUCCAGCAGGAGCUACUAUGUGGGGCAUGGCAGUGGAGUGCCAAGAGAUACGCAGACAUCAUAGAGUGGAUGUAAAAGAAAUUGCUGGUGUCUGUUUGCCAGAAACAUUGAAGUUUUGCAGUCCAACUUAUACUUCUGUAAACUCCACUGAAACCCUUGAACCUUACACUACUGAAAGGCUCAGCAGAGUACCUGGGGCUUAUAAAGUUCUUACGGAAACUUUUCAAGUUUUGACAGUCAAUUUUAAUAAUUUGCAGGAACUAAAAAGCUUGUCAACUAGUAAGCUAUCCAAGAUUAAGAUACCCAUUAUUAAAGAAGGAAUACUAGAUGCUAUUGUAGUCUGGUUUACACUACACCUUGAUGAUGAACAUAUUCUUUCUACAAGUCCAAAUGUGGACACCUGUUGGGAGCAAGCAGUCUAUCCUGUACAAGGUCUCCUUGAUCAUUCUGUAAAAUCUGGAGAUUGCAUUGCAAUGGAAAUAUGCCUCCAGGACUGCUAUCUGAGGAUCCAAAGAAUUUCUGUUAUGACUUCAGGAUAUGAAAUGGAUGUUGAAAGAAAUUUGAGGGAGAAGAACAGUGAAGCUGAACUCUGCAGUGCUCUAGCCAGCCUUCAGACAGCAAGCACAUUGGAAAAUGUGUGGCAAGAAUGUAUGCUGGAAUCCACUGAAAUUGCUUUACUGAAUAAUCUGCAGUAUCAUGAAUGCUUUAAAAUUGCAAUAGGAAAAGUGUUGUCAUCAUUGAGCCAUCAUGAACAGUCAUGUUCAAUGGAUGUGGAUGGCCACCAUCAUGAGCUUGAAAAGAACCAGAGCAAAAAUUCUGCAACUCUUGAUCCUCUGUAUGUAUUGGAUGUAUCAGAAGGCUUUUCAAUUUUGCCAGUAAUUGCAGGUAAAUUUGGGGCAGUUAAAGCAUACAGCUCAGUUGAAAAAGAUCAACACCAAGUAGCUCUCAGUUUGAUCUCAGAAGUCAACCAAUUUCCCAGAGAAACAUUAGAGUUUUGGCUUAGCCAUCUACAAGAUGAAAACAAGGUACUACAAAGGCCUAAGUCUGACAAAUUAUGGAGUAUUAUAAUUCUGGAUGUCAUAGAAACUUCUGGUUUAAUUCAGCAGGAUGUGAUGGAAAAGGCCGCAAUAUCUAGGUGUUUGCUUCACUCUGGGGGAAAGAUAUUCCCACAACAUGUGAAAAUGUAUGGAAUGCUUGUAGAAUCCAAUUUAUUAUUACUUGAGUCUGCCGUUCAAGGGACAGAUCCCACACUUGGUUUCAACAUAGCACCAUUUAUCAACCAGUUCAAGGUGCCUAUCCGUAUUUUUUUGGAUCUCUCCACACUCCCAUAUAUACCUUUAAGCAACUCGGUGGAACUUCUGAGAGUGGAUCUCAUGAAUCCUUACUUCAACAACAGCAGUACCGAAGUUGAGGUGGAGGUUUGUAAAUCAGGUCAAGUGACUGGUAUUCCAUUUUGGUAUCAUGUACAUCUGGAUGAGGAUAUUGUUUUGGAUACAUCAAGCAAGUCAUCUCACUGGAAACAAGCUGCCAUUGUGCUUGAUAAGCCCAUUCAGGUUCAAGCAGGAGAAAAACUUGUUCUCAGUAUUCAGUAUUAUAAAAGCAACAUCAGUGUUGCGGUAAAACAGUAAGAUACAAAUAGCUUCAGUUGAUUGUUAAUGUCUAAAUUCCAAAUUUAAUGUCUAUGAUAUGGCAAUCAUAGCCUUGGUAAAGUGUUAAUUUUAAACUACUUGGUGAAUUUGAAGAACAAGAAGUUAAUUCUGUAUAGGACAUCUUAUAUAUUGCAGGAAUUUUGUUUCUUCAGUCAUAAAAAAACUAUGGACAACAUAUACUGCACAUAAACCACUGUUUUUUUUAUUUUUGCAUUGCAGAAAAUUACUGAAUAAAGUGUAAAAAAAAUUAAAUGGGGAUUCUACAAUAUGCCUGCUCUUUCUUACUUUUUUGCAGAGUACUAAAACAAUAGUGAAUUAACUGAGAAACCAUGUAAGAUAAUACUGUAUUCUUUUAAGAUUUAUUACUCCUAAAGAUCCUGAAAUUGGUAAUCCUUAUUUUUACAACUGAGUCUGAAAAUACCUUGUCUCACAACAUGAUGUAUAAUGUUAAAAUGUUUCUAGUCUACUUAUAAAUCUUCAUUUUGAGAGAACCAGUAAAUAUGUUUGUAGUAAUUGGUUUCAGUGAGGAAAAAAGGCAUGUUCUUUUUCAGCUAUAUUUUGUAAUACAGGAUACAAAAUAAAGAGCAGAGUAUAUAAUCA